AACAAAACAUACCUUUUUAAUUUUUCCUCUUCUCAUGGAUCUCCAGCCAGUUUCUCCUCAUCAACAACAAAACACAACCAACAACAAUAAUAAACUCUUCUUCUUUUUUCCCUUAAAAUUUGCAAACAAAGAUAUCUCUCAUGCAUUAUUUUUUGUCUUUUUACUUUUCUCUUCCAUUUUUUUCUACAAUUUACUAAGCCCACUUGACCCUCAGUCUCUUCUUGGCAUUAGUAUUUUGUCCAAAAUAUUACCCAAAAAUUCUGAAAAUUCUUCAAAAGCUUGUGAUUAUUCUUAUGGAAAGUGGGUUUGGGAUGAAAGUUAUGCUCUUGAUCAAUAUAAUGAGAAUUGUCCGUUCUUGGAUCCCGGUUUUCGAUGCCGGCAAAGUGGUCGCCGGGAUUUAGAUUACCGGAAGUGGCGAUGGCAACCUCACGGUUGUGAUCUUCCAAGGUUCAAUGCAGAGGAUUUCCUCGAACGGAGUCGGAAUGGUCGAAUAGUUUUUGCUGGAGAUUCAAUUGGAAGAAACCAAUGGGAGUCAAUGAUAUGCAUGCUAGCACAAGGAAUAACUAACAUAUCCACCAUAUAUGAAGAAUUUGGAAACCCCAUAACCAAACAUAGGGGUUUUCUCUCUAUGAAAUUUCACGAGUACAACCUUACUGUCGAAUAUUACAGGGUUCCUUUCCUAGUAGUCGUCGAUCGACCUCCGGCGAAUGCAUCGAAAGAAGUGCGAGGGGUGAUCAGACUCGAUAAGUUGCACUGGUAUUUCACAAAGUGGAUUGAUGCAGAUAUCCUUAUAUUCAAUGAUGGACAUUGGUGGAAUGAGGACAAGACUGUAAACAUGGGCAUCCAUUUCCAAGAAGGAACAACAGUGAACAUGACCAUGAAUGUCGUGGAAGCUUUUCAAAGAUCAUUGAAUACGUGGGCCUCGUGGGUGAUUCAAAAUACCAAGCCUGACAAGAGUCACAUCUUCUUCCGCAGCUUUUCACCAGUACACUACAGGGAUGGAGCGUGGAAUGCAGGUGGUCAUUGCCACACAAGUACCGCACCAGAAACGGACUAUACCAAGCUGGAGAAAGAGCCAAUCAACAAUAUAUUCAUUUCUGAGGUAGUCGCACAAAUGCAAAAUACAAGAAGAAAUAUGACCUUCCUAAACAUCACAUAUCUAAGUGAGUACAGGAAAGAUGGCCACCCUUCAGAACAUCGUGAACCCGGCACCCCGGUUGGUGCACCGCAAGACUGCAGCCACUGGUGCCUCCCGGGAGUGCCAGACACUUGGAAUGAACUUCUUUAUGCCCAUCUACUGUUGAAUGGAUUUAGAACCAAGUUGAAAUGA